AAAUAUAAAAUUACAUAAAGUAAUGAAAACAUAAUAAAACUUUCAUAAAUCAUCAUAAGAUUUAAAAAACCAAAAUUAUGUAGAUUCUAAAUUUAUAUCAACAAUAUCUUUAAACAAAAACCCUAUGAUGGCAUCUAAGAUAGCAAGAAUAUAACAUAUUGGUAAGUAAUUUGAUUUAAAUAAAAAAAAGGAGUCUGAAAGGCUUGUAAAAAAUUAAAAAAAACAUAAAAAAAAUAAAUAAAACAAAAAUAGAAUACAUUAGAAGAAGAAAUAAAAUAAGCAAAAUAAUUAUUAGAUUAAAAAAGACAUGACAUAAUGUUAAAAAGACGUAUAAAUAUAGAUGAAAUAGCUAAAUAAGAAGAAAAUUCUCCUCGAAAAAGACGAGAAUAAGUCUAAGAAGUCAUGUUGUUGAACCCUUAAAGAUUAUAAAAGAUGAUAAAAGCAUCGUUUUUGAAAAUAGAAAACGUGAGAAAUAAAUUCAAUUACGCAAAUGCGGAAAAUAACGAAUUAAAAGUUCAAAUAGAUAAGAUAAGACAAGAACUUUACCUUUAUAGAGAAAUAAAGAAAAUAUUAUCCAGAAGAAUAAUUGAAGAUAGUAAAGAAUUAAAAUUUUAAAAGAAGAAAAUUAAAGACAAAGAAAGUAAAAUGGAAGAAGAAAUAAACACAGUAAAAAGAUAAGGAAGUGAAUAUUAAUUAUUAAAAAAUAGAUACUAAAAAGAAUUCCAUAGUGUUUUCUAAGUGUUAGAGGAAGAAAAUAGAGAUGAAAAAAAAAGAGAAAAAUUUGGAGUAGUGGGAUAAAAUGGAUAAAGAUAAAGAGUUAAUUCUCCUUGGUAGAAUACUGCUAUUAAUUUUAGUUUAAAAGAUGAAUUUAUUAAGACUCAUUUUAAUUAAAAUUCAUAUAUUUAAUAAUAGUAAUAAUUAUAAUUUGAAACAAAUAAAAGCGGAUUUAAAGAAAAAAUAGUAAAAAAUUGA